AUGGCGGCUCCCUCAGCUUUUUCAUAUGCCCAAGCGGCCAAGGGACAAAACCCACUCCCUUCAGCCACGACUUCUGCAAACCAAACCGCCCAGCCGCAAGCCUCUGAGCCGGCCUCCUCCACGACCAAAUCCUCGACGACCAUCGAGGACGCCUUCAGACCCGAGUCGACCCGCACAGGGGAGUCCGCCGCUCCAGCAGCUGAGCGGCAGGAGAUCGAUUCCAACCUCGGUUCCGAGAGCGAUUUGCGAUCCGACGCGACCGCCGAGAAGCGGUCCGAGACCAAGCGGGAUGACGACGCCGGCCGGUUAGAUCGACCCUGGCGGAGGGCCGACAAGAGCACGCGGUCAUCGAGCACGGCGACGCGGUCCGUGGAUGAACAAGAUUCGCGGAAGUCCCGAAAGAACAAGAAAACCAAGGCAUCGGACAAGCAGCCCGGUGACCAAGCGGCCGAGACCGAGAAGGAGCAGGAACCAGUGCCCGAAACUCCCAAGAUUGAGCUGUCCGAGGCGCCAAUCCCUUCUGUCAACAUUUGGCAUCAGCGAAAGGAGGCACACUUGGCCAAGGCCAAGCCGACCACCGCUGCAGCCGAGGUCAUCACCAACGGCGAGUCUGCCCCCGUCGUCGGGGAGGAUACCAAGAAGGCCGUCAAGCCCAGCGCAGAGACCUCUCCCGCACGCGACGCCGCUCCUGUCGCUACGACGAAUGGCACGAAGCCGCCCCGAAAGGCCACCGAUGCCUCCACCCGCCCUGAGCGGAACGGCAGCCGAGGCUCCAGGGUCGCCGAGAAGGACGCCAAGGAGAGCAAGACUGAGCUCCCACCUCCCGUCGACGACUCUUCUUCCUGGCCCACGCCAGAGACCGCCGUAAAGGAGGAGAAGAAGAAGCCGGUGACGGCUAGCGUCGACCGCCAAGAAAAGGAGGUCAAGGAUGCUCAGGAAGACGCCUCCCAGGCCAAGCCGCGCCAGAAGGAGAAGUGGGUGGCGUACGAAUACGUGCCUUCUGUCAACUUCGAGACACAGAUUCCCCAGAUGCGCAACUCGAAGCCCCGAGGCGGCGCCCGAGGCACCAACUCGACCCGUUCCCCCGCUGGCGCCAACGUCGCCGAUAAAACGGCCACCGCAGCAUCAACCACGAAGAGUGGCGAGUCGAGAGAUCGAGCCCGCGAGUCUGGUGGUGCCUCUACCAGAGCUGCGUCUGUGCCACCCGCCGCAAAGCGCAUGUCCAUGGACUCGAGCAACGCCAAGGACCAGAAAAAGGCGCCAGGUCACUCUCCCGGAGAGAAGACCAAGGACGUUGCCUCUGCCCAUCAAUCCGAACAGGGUGGUGCCCGGGACCGUCAUGAGGGCCGCAACGAGCGUGGACGAGGUGCAUUCCGCGGCAGAGGCGGUCACCACUCCAUCAACUCAACGCACUCGCAACACCAGCACAACAGCUCUGCCUUCGCGUCCGGAUCGAUGACUUCGCGGCCUCAGGGCCCGUACAGCCCGCCGCCGAGACAAGGUGGCCACAACCAGAUGUUCAUGCCGCCUCCUCAGCGAGGCGGUCGGGGUCGCAACGGUGCCGGUGCCAACUUCCACCACCGCAUGUCCCUGCCUAACGGCGCCACACGGCCGCCGGCUGUCCAGACUCAGUUCGGACCGUACGACUUCCCCAUGGCUCCGAUGUCUGCCAUCCCCUUCCAGCCGCCAUACUGGGACAACGUGGUCAUCCAGAUGCUCAAGGGCCAGAUCGAAUACUACUUCUCAAUUGAGAACCUUUGCAAGGACAUGUACCUCCGAAAGCGCAUGGACAGUCAGGGUUUUGUGCACCUGCACUUUGUCACGGCGUUCAAGCGCAUAAGGGAGCUUACGUCGGACAUGGGCAUGAUUCGCGCCGUCUGUGAGGCGUCGGUCGAGCUGGAUUACGUCGUUGGCGAGGACGACGUUGAACGUCUGCGCAGACGUUCCAACUGGCAGACGUUCGUUCUGCCGCUCGAGGAGCGCGACGACUUGGCCCGGAAUAACGGACCCUCGCACAUCACAUUCAAGAACCGGCCCUACAACUUUGGGGCGUUCAACGGCAUGGCGCCCGCGCCGUACGGAGUCUCGCCGCCGCUUGGGUACAACCCCCAGAGCGAGGUCCAGUUCCAGCAGCUCCCCGAUAGGCAUGGGGUCAAUGGCAUGGUCAACGGCAGCGCAGGUGGCCACGGCGCGCCCACACAGCUGUCCGCGGAGGUACCUGAUUUUUCCCCGUCGGGCCUGGCUUCCGUUGGUGGGCCCGUCAUGGCCGACAAGGCUACCAUCGAUGCUGGUAGUGACACAAAAGUCAACGCUGAGACGUCGACAAAGGCUCUACCGAACGGUGUUCACGCUGAAGAGACCUCGGAAGGUGCUCAGUCGUAA